CAGGUGGCCGGGAGCCCGGCGAGCGCCCUGGACGGGCUGGGGCUGCGGCGGUGGCCCGAGCGCGCUCGUAGUCAGGCGCGGCGGGAACGAGGGGCGCACCUCGCCGCGCCCUCGCCCCGCCCCGGGCGCACCUCGCCCCGUCCCAGCCGCCUCCCCCAGCCACGAGCCGCCGCCCGCCCGAAGUCGGAUCCGCACAUGUGCGGAUCGCAUCAGGCUUCAGGCCGCCUGAUGCCUUCUCCAGAUGGAGGAGCCGCCGCCCCGCACCGGCUCCGCCGAGGCGCCCGCGAGGCGAAGGGUGACCGCGGCUUUUCCAGCCUCGCCUCUUCCGGUGGCCCCGAACCGGGAGAGCCCCGCCGCCCCCGCCCUCCUUGCAGUCCCCGCCGUUCUCCGUCUGUCUCCCGGCUGGGCUCUGACUUGCUAGGCGCAGACUCCGCUGGGCCUCCAGGACAGGAGCUGGCAGGCUGCAAGUGAGACCCCAGAUUGGAUGGACCCCAUGGCUUCCAGGAGGGGGCCCUGGCGGCUGCUGAUGGGGGCGGUGGCCAUGCUGUCAACUUUCCUACAGAGCACUUCUGAGAAGUCCCCAGGCGCCUACUUCCUUCCCGAGUUUGCCCUCUCCCCUCAGGGAAGCUUCCUGGAAGACACAACUGGGGAGCAGUUCCUCACCUACCGCUAUGAUGACCAGACCUCAAGAAAUGCUAACUCAGAGGACGACAAAGAUGGCAACUGGGACGCGUGGGGCGGCUGGAGUGACUGUUCCCGGACCUGCGGGGGAGGCGCCUCCUACUCCCUGCGGAGGUGUUUGACUGGCAGGAAUUGCGAAGGGCAGAAUAUCCGAUACAAGACAUGCAGCAAUCACGACUGCCCUGCAGACGCCGACGACUUCAGAGCCCAGCAGUGCUCCGCUUACAAUGACGUCCAGUACCAGGGGCACUACUACGAGUGGCUCCCGCGGUACAACGACCCUGUGGCCCCCUGUGCUCUCAAGUGCCACACGCGGGGGCAGAGCCUGGUUGUGGAGCUGGCGCCCAAGGUCCUUGAUGGAACCCGCUGCCACACGGACUCCCUGGACAUGUGCAUCAGUGGCGUCUGCCAGGCUGUGGGCUGUGACCGGCAGCUGGGGAGCAAGGCCAAGGAGGACAACUGCGGGGUCUGCGCCGGCGAUGGCUCCACCUGCAGGCUGGUUCGGGGCCAGUCGAAGUCCCAUGUGUCUCCCGAGAAACGAGAAGAAAAUGUGAUUGCUGUCCCUUUGGGAAGCCGAAGUGUGAGGAUCACAGUAAAAGGACCUGCCCAUCUCUUUAUUGAAUCGAAAACUCUUCAAGGAAGCAAAGGGGAGCACAGCUUCAGCAGCCCAGGAGUCUUUACAAUAGAAAACACAACAGUUGAGUUUCAGAAGGGCACAGAGAGGCAGACCUUUAAGAUUGCUGGUCCUCUGAUGGCCGACUUCAUUUUCAAGACCAGGUACACAGUGGCCAAGGACAGCACGGUCCAGUUCUUCUUUUACCAGCCCAUCAGUCAUCAGUGGAGACAGACUGACUUCUUCCCCUGUACAGUGACGUGUGGAGGAGGCUACCAGCUCAACUCUGCGGAGUGCGUGGAUGUCCGUUUGAGGAGGGUGGUUCCUGACCACUACUGUCACUACUACCCGGAGAACAUCAAGCCAAAGCCGAAGCUGAAGGAGUGCGCCAUGGACCCCUGCCCAUCAAGCGAUGGAUUUAAGGAGAUCAUGCCCUAUGACCACUUCCAGCCUCUUCCCCGCUGGGAGCACAACCCUUGGACAGCGUGCUCCGUGUCCUGUGGGGGCGGGACGCAGCGGCGGAGCUUCGUGUGCGUGGAGGAGUCCCUGCACGCCGAGAUCCUGCAGGUGGAGGAGUGGAAGUGCAUGUAUGCGCCCAAGCCCAAGGUGAUGCAGACUUGCAACCUCUUCGAUUGCCCCAAGUGGGUCGCCAUGGACUGGUCGGAGUGCACCGUGACCUGUGGCCGAGGCUUGCGUUACAGAGUUGUUCUGUGUAUCAACCAUCUCGGCCAGCACGUCGGCGGCUGCAACCCACAGCUGAAGCUGCACAUCAAGGAGGAGUGUGUGGUCCCUGUCCCUUGCUACAAACCCAGAGAAAGAAAUCCCGUGGAAGCUACGCUACCUUGGCUGAAGCAAGCCCAAGAACGAGAGGAGAUGAGGAUAGCAACGGAAGACCCCACGUUCAUCCCGGACCCUUGGUCAGAGUGCAGUGCCACGUGUGGGCCGGGCGUGCAGGUGCGUGAGGUGAAGUGCCGUGUGCUCCUCACGUUCACACAGGCGGAGACUGAGCUUCCGGAGGAGGAGUGUGAGGGGCCCCGGCUGCCCACUGAGCGGCCAUGCCUCCUGCGGGUCUGCGGCCCAGGCCCUGCUGCCCUGACACCGGGCGUCGCUCUGCGUGACGGCGAGACCACAUACGGCUGGGAGUACGCCGGCUUCACCCCGUGCACGGCCACGUGCCUGGGAGGCCAUCAAGAAGCCAUAGCAGUGUGCUUACAUACCCAGACCCAGCAGGCGGUCAACGACAGCUUGUGUGACCAGGCCCACCGUCCUCCUGCCAUGAGCCAGGCAUGUAACACGGAGCCCUGCCCGCCCAGAUGGCAUGUGGAAGCCUGGGGUCCCUGCUCAGCCUCCUGCGGCGUGGGGAUCCAGACCCGGGAGGUGCAGUGUCUGCAUCCAGAGGCCUCCCCGGCCCCUCCAGAGGAGUGCAGGGGGGAGAAGCCGCAUGCACUACGAGCAUGCAACCAGUUUGAUUGCCCUCCACGCUGGCAUAUUGAGGAGUGGCAGCAGUGUUCCAGGACAUGUGGUGGGGGCACUCAGACCCGAAGAGUCACCUGUCGGCAGCUAUUAACAGAUGGCAGCUUCCUGAGCCUCUCCGACGAGUUGUGCCAAGGACCCAAGGCAUCGUCCCACAAGUCCUGUGCCAGAACUGACUGUCCUCCCCACCUGGAGGUGGGGGACUGGUCCAAGUGCUCCGUCAGCUGUGGUGUUGGGAUCCAGAGGAGGAGGCAGGUAUGUCAGAAGCUGACGGCCAGGGGCCUGCGUGUCCUGCUCAGCGAGGCUGCGUGCAAGGGUCUGACCGGCCCCCCUGUAAUGAGAGCUUGCCAGAUGCGUAUGUGUGGGGAAAUAGAACCAGAGACAAAGCCGGGACUUAGAGGUCGGGAUCCUGAGAUUCUCAGUGUGCGAAGAGUCUACAUCCAGACCCGGGAGGAGAAGCGGAUCAACCUGACGGUCGGGAGCCGGGCUUACCUGCUGCCCAACACUUCCGUGAUCAUCAAAUGCCCUGUGCGCAGAUUCCAGAAAUCUCUGAUCCAGUGGGAGAAGGAUGGCCGUUGUCUGCAGAACUCGAGACAACUGCGUGUCACAAAGUCAGGCUCCCUGAAGAUUCACUGCCUUGCAGCUGCAGACAUUGGCGUAUACCGGUGCAUUGCCGGCCCGGCUCAGGAAACAGUGGUUCUCAAGCUCAUUGGCACCGACAACCGGCUCCUGGCACACCCAGCUGUCCGAGAACACGCGAGGGAACAUUCCGGGAUGGACCAUGGGGAAGCCAAUAGCUUGGGAGCCACAUGGCAUAAAAUGCGGCAAGCGUGGAGUCACAAAAAUGAGCUUUACCUGCACGAUGGCCAAGUCGACCAGCAGCCAUUCUUGAGAGCUUUGCUUGGCCCCUGCAGCCAUGGCUCUGCAGGCAGCAGUGAUCCCUGGGGCCUUGAGAACAAGCAGUUUGAAGCGGCAGUGCAGCAGGGAGCCUACAGCAUGGAUACAGCCCAGUUCGAGGAACUGAUCAGGAACAUGAGUCAGCUGCUGGAGACGGGAGAGGUCAGCGAGGACCUCGCAUCCCAGGUGAUAUACCAGCUGGCUGCCGAGCUGGCUCAGGGGCAGCCCGCGUUGGUGCCACAGAGCCCCGGGGACGAGGAGCCCCUUGCUGCCCCGCUUGGAGGGCAAGCAGGAAGCCGGCCCCAGAGCGGCUCCAGGCCCAGCUCAGGCAAGCUGACCUUCAGGCCCAGAGGGCCCGUGCUCCUAAGGCAGACCCAGCCCUCUGCUGUCUCCUUCAAUGAAACCAUCACCGCCAGGAUCGGAAAUACUGUGUACAUCACAAACAAGACGGAGGCCAUCAGCAUCCUGUGUGACCUGCUGGUCCCCACCGAUGCCACGUACACAUGGACCAAGGAUGGGGCACUACUGCAGCCCUCGGCAGGGAUAGUCAUGGAUGGAGCUGAGAAGAUACAGAUCCGGAAGCUGUCCAGGAAGGAACAAGGAAUCUAUGAAUGUUCUGUGGCUAAUCGUCUGGGCUCGGAUGUGGAGAGCUCUUCUGUGCUCUGGGCAGAGGCGCCUGUCAUCUUGUCUGUUGAAAGAAACGUCACCAAACCAGAGCAAAGUCACCUCUCAGCCGUGGUGGGUGGCAUCGUGGAGGCAGCCCUGGGAGCAGAUGUGACUCUCCAGUGUCCCGUGAGAGGUGUCCCCCAGCCUGACAUAACAUGGUCGAAGAGAGGAAGACCCCUCGGUGACAAUGUUUCCUUGCUUCUCAAUGGCUCCCUGUUGUUGCAGAAUGCCUCGCUUGAACAUGAAGGAACCUACGUUUGCACAGCCGCCAAUGCCCUGGGUGAGGCAGCGGCCACCUCUGUGCUCUACUUGCUGGAACGAAGAUGGCCAGGCAGCAAUGUGUUUCCUAAAGGGCAUCGGAAGGGAAUUCCCUUGGCCUCCACCCCCAGAUCCAACAGCAGUGACCCAACAAGACUCCUGACCCAAGAGCCUUUCUGGGAGCCUGGUCCCUGGACCCCCUGCUCCGCCACCUGUGGCCACAUGGGAGCCCGCAUUCAGAGGCCUCGGUGUGUGGGGACCAGCGGACAGGAAGUGGGCCAGGCCCUCUGUGCUCACCUCCAGAAGCCACGGGCCAGGUUUCAGCUCUGUGAUGCCCGGGACUGCCCGGCCAGGUGGUUCACCAGUGUGUGGUCAGAGUGCUCUGUGCCUUGUGGCCAAGGGUUCCACAGCCGACAGGUGACCUGCAAGAGGAAGAAAGCCAACGGCACCAUUCAAGCAGUGUCACCCCAAGCAUGCGCCUCCAAAGUCCGGCCCCCCGGGAGGAAGCCGUGUUCCAACCACCCAUGUGACCAACGGGUACCCAGGCCGGAGAGCCAGUGUCCUGCACGCUGCCUGGGCCGUGCCAGGGGGAUACAGCGGCGUCACGUUGCGUGUGGACCCCACAACAACUCCUCAAGGCCGGACUGUGAUGCCAGGAAGAGACCGCCCUGGAGGGGGAACUGCACGGCAGGGGCUUGUGACGCCUGCUGGCGCCCCAGCCCUUGGAAACCCUGCACUGCAGCCUGUGGCCGAGGCUUCCAGUCUCGGAAAGUCCACUGCGUCCACUCCAAGACCUGCCAACCCGUGGCCGAGAGACACUGUGUACAGAUACACAGACCACCCUCCUGGAGACACUGCCGGGGGCCUGCCUGCGACAGAGACUGCACAGACACAACUCAGUACUGUUUGUUCGUGAAGCGCCUUCAGCUGUGUUCUCUGGACCUUUACAAACAGAGCUGCUGCCGAUCGUGCCGAGAAGGCUAGACCUCUGGUGAUGCCACUGUGAGGGUCAGAGGACGGGAAAGCAAUCUUUCCCCUUCUUAAAGACUCCAGAUUCUGUGCUCAGAGGCGGAGGCAAAAAGAGCCACGUUGAGGUUAGGUAAAGUGGAAACCUUUCCCACCAGCAAUUCUGAAUUCAAUCCUUGUAAAUGACACGUUCCAGGAUGAAUGUAAAAAAAAAAAAAGAAAGAAAGAAAUCACAGCCAUGCACAUGGGCCUUCAGCACACAUCUGUGUGACUGGGAACUGGCCAAGGUCCUAAGCAGAGCAGGGCCUGAUGGGAGUUGUCACCCGCGCUGAAGACUCAGCAAGCGACAACUCCCUCUUCUCUCAAGCUGUAGACUUCCAACACGUUUAUAAGGUGUUUAUGUUUUCAAAGCUCGGGCCAGUAGCUUUUUGGAUGUUGGCACUAAUGACAUUUUCUUUUUCACAGAUCCUUAAAUUUAGCUGUGAAAGAGACAUGGUCUCACAGGCAGGUCUGUGUGCAAAGCAUGGUAUCCUGUCCCCUGGGGCAUCCCUGGGCGGCAACAGAGCAGCUGUAGCUGCCACUCUUGUGGCUCAGCCGUCUGUGGAGGACGAGGCAUCUUGGAAAUCAAAGAGGACACAGUAGCCUCCUCUACUGAUUUUGUAGUGUAUUCAAAGCUUUGUUUUUAAGAGCUGUGAAUGGAAUUUUUUUAAGCACUAAAAAAAAAAAAAUCAAAGCCUUAUUAGAACUAAUUUAUGCAUAAAGUAGUAUUCCUGAGGAUUUUUAUUUUGGAAAGUUUAUAAGAAAGUAAUCUAAAUAGCUUGUUUAUAGCAGAAAUUUGUUUUAAUUUGAGCUGAUUUUUCCAGGAAAUCCAAAGUGAAUUAGGGUUAGACUGGAAGUUAUAGAACUAAGAAUUAAGUUAUACUUUUAGGAUCUGGGUUAGGCUUUCAAGAGAAAGGGUUAUAAAGGUGAGUUUUAGAGUUAGGAUUAGGGUGAAUGAGAAAGGGAGGCUAGAGUUGGCUAGUUGGUAGGGGUUAGGACCAGGUAGGAGUGGGUGGGUCUGGGUUUAGAUUGAGGCCAGUGCCAGCGUUGACGACAGGGUAAAGGGCCGAGGUACCUUUGGUCAGCUUGCUGCUGGUUAGCUUAAGUGGUGAGUUCUAAAGCUGAUGUGAUUAUGGGAACUUCCUGGCAUUCUUCCAGAUAUGACUUUAGAUGGUACCAAUCAGCUGCCAUGCUUUUUCCCUCAGUGCCCUAGCUAACUGCCUGUAGGCAGGCAGGCAGGCAGGCAGGCAGGCAGGCUGGCUUUCAGGGCCUGGGUGCCUCAUCUGUAAGAACACGUGCGGUGCAACUUGGCUUUGGGUUUGUCUGUGGCUUUGUCUGCAUUGUGAGUGCAGGUCUCUUUCAUUCUCACCUCAGCUGCAUGGACACUAGGACAGGCACUGCCAUGUGGGGAGGUUUGGUGGCUGGGAGUGGUCCGGGACCAGGAGGAGGACACAGCCCAGGAGUGGGUAGUCGCCUAUCACAUUGGAUGGAUGAUGGUUAUUAAGCUAAAGGAAUGAUCAUGUGUAAAAUACUCUGUAAAUAUUUAUAUGACUUAAAGGUGCAAUAUUUUAUUUUGUACAAUAUGUAAUAAAGACAUGGAACAUAUAUUUUUAUUACUAACAAAAUUUCUUGUUACACCCCUUUGCCUUUGUAUUUAAGGUUAAAAGUAACUCAUUUGCUGUGAUGCUUUUAUUAUCCUUCGAAGGACAUUCCUGUGUACUGUAUUUUACUACUGUUUUCAUGAGAGUCAUAUUUCAUCUUUUAUGAUCCUUCAGAAACUCAGAAAUAAAUUCCCUUUUGUUAUUCAGCGGCA